GAUGCAAUCAUAUCCCACGUGCGACAUGAAGGAGUGGCUGCCAGCUUUAGACUGGGCAAGUACAUGGAGCUCAGUACUGCCCAGGCAGCAGUUGGGAGCAGUUUGCUCGACCUGGCAGGCCUGAUCCAGAAACUGGCCUUGGUCAGCCCGAGUAUGGAGUUCAAGCACACAGAUUUGAAGACGGGCGAGGCCUUGAAGCAGUUCCCUGGUGUCAAGGACAAGUUCACCAUAGCUCAGCAAAGUGAGCUGCCGAAGCUCUUGGGCGAAGCCCUGCUAGUAGUGUGUGCACACUGUCGGCGACUGGUCAGGGAUAAGAAGAAAUUUGAGGAAGCUGCUUCCAAGCUGAGCCUGCAGCAAGCGCAAAGCUUGAAAGAGCUGACGCAGAAGAUCGGGGCAAAGCGCAGUGAGAGGCUAAAUGUGGAAGAAACUGGCCCUGAAGAGCUUGAAGGCCUGAAGAAGCCAGCUGGCGCAAACGAUGGUCUGUCACCCGACUGGAGCCUGCCAUCCGCGGGGCAGUUGACCAUCAUGACGUAUAAGACCGGUGCAGUGGCACUCAGAGUGGUAGGGGGCAGGCAGCUGCUGCAGCUGAAGCUACCAACUGUGGCUGCAAGCAAAGCAGGCAUCCUGAAGAUUAAGAACCUGCUGCUGCCCUGUGAAAGAGAGCUGCUGAAGAAGUGA